AUGGGAAAGAAAACAAAGAAGAAACCAACUUCUCUAUCAUCAUCAUCAUCAUCAUCAUCAUCAUCAAAUGUUGUAAAUAACAAUAAUAAUAAUAAUAAUAAUAAUGCAUCUCUUGCGAAUAGUAGUAGUACAUCGCCAUUGACUCAACAACAACAACAACAACAAUCGAAUAGCAGUAGUAAACCAUCAUCAUCAUCAUCAUCAUCAUCCUCUUCUUCACAAGAUAACAACAACAAUAGUAAUAAUAAUAAUAAUGAAAGUAAUAAUAAUAGUAUAGGAGGAGGAUUCCAAUUAACAAGUAAUGAGAAACAAUCGAUGGUACAAACGAUUGAAAAGCUACGUAAUUUCGAUUACUCUCAUCUAUGGGCACUUUCACAAGUACAACCUAAACCAUCGAUGUGUGCACUCCGACUAGGUAACGAUGAGUACUAUCGCGAAAAGAAUCGUGCAGCUAUCGAUUACUACAACACUGCUUUGGCACUAGGUGGUAGUAAUCCACUACUCAUUGUUACUAUCUUGAUUAAUCGUUCUAUUGCAAAACUUAGAGUACAAGAUUACAAAAAAUCGAUAUUAGAUUGUACUUUGGCAUUAUCUAUUCAACCGAAUUGUCUCAAAGCAUAUAUAUGUCGAGCGUAUGGAUACUUUUUCACAAAAGAGUUUAGAAAGGCAUUCUCUGAUCACUUUAUCGCUGUGCAUCUCACUCAUCCCAACCUUCCCUUGAACCAGGCAAUGCGAUUGCCAUCAUCGAUCCUAUGGAAUAUUGUAAGUGCUCAAAGAGGUAAUCAAAUGCAACCUGGUGGUGGAGUAUCUGAUAAAAUGACAAUGGAAAAGCAGUCAUCAGAUCAACCUUUAACUGCUACUUCCUCAUCCUCCUCCUCUUCAUCGAAACAGAAAAAGAAACAACCACAACAAAAGGAAAAGGAAAAGGAAACAAAGAAACAAGAACAAGAAACAAAAAACAAAAAAGAAAAUGGUCAUCAACAUCAACAACAACAACAACAACACCAACAAGAUCUUUAUUCAAUGCCAAUGCCAAUACCUUCACAUCCCAAUUCUAGUAUAUCAUUUAAUCAUAAAGAAUUCCAAAUAAAUUGGAUAAGUGAUUUUAAUUUAUUAGCAAUUGAAGAAGAACCAUGUAGAGUACAUUUACUUUUAAAUUAUACAAACAAAUUGAUUGAAAGAGGUAAUAAUAAUAGUAGUAAUAAUAGCAAUCAAAAUAAUACGAAAAAUAGUAAUAGUAAAAACAACAAAGAACAAAAUCAAAACAACAAGGAACUUGGAGUAUUGAUCCCAGCUGGUGAUUCAUUUUACAAUACCAAUUGGUCGGAAUUUGAAGAAUACCAUUCUCAAUCAAAGAGUAAUCUAAGUGAAUCAUUAUCUUCAAAACAAAAGUUACUUGGAAACACAGACUUUCAAAGUAAAAACUAUCUAGCUGCUCUUGGACAUUACACCAAAGCUAUUAAAUUAAAUCCAACGGACCCAUUUUAUUAUUCCAAUAGAGGUAUAACAUAUAUUAAAUUGGAUAGAUAUUUAGAGGCAAUUACAGAUUGUUCGAUAUCGAUUGAUGUACAAUCACCAACCAACAAGAAUAUCAAAGCAUUCUUGAGAAGAGGUGCUGGAUACGCAACGAUUGGCGACUAUGCUUCGUCGGUUCGUGAUUACCGUGCUGCUCUAAAGAUCGAGCCUGAAAGCUUGGAAGUGUUGGUUGGACUCGUCAAAGGACUCCAACAAUUAGAGAUACAGAUGAAACAUAAAAUACAACUGAAUCCAACAGAUGCCAAUCUACAACAAUCUUUGAAAUCAAUCAUUAGUGAAUUGGGGAUCCUCACCACUAAAAUCAAUCAAGCUCCUCCUCCUCCAACUCCAACUCCAUCUUUAUCAAAUACUACUACUCCUCCUUUAUCUUCAAGUAGUAGUACUCCAGCUCCAACUUCACAAGUACAACAACAAAAAAAACCAACACCAACACAACCAACAACACCCAACAGUACUGUUGUUGAUACCAAGGUUCCUACCUCUACCACAACUGCCACUGCUACUGUCACUCCCACUACCACUGUGCCAACACCAACACCAGCACCAACAUCUACAACCCAAACAGCAACAGCAACAGUAGUAACAAAUAAUAAUAAUAAUAAUACAUUACCAACAGGAGAAACUAAUCCAAAGAAACAAAAGACACAACCAUCUCCACAACAACAAACACAACCGGUAGUAUCAUCUCCAACAACUUCACCAACAUCUACUUCACCAACAACAACAAAUCAACCAUUUACAUAUAUUCCACCACCACCAACACCAAUUCCAACACCAAAAGUUGAAAUUACCUAUUACAAGGCAACAUCAAAUGAAGAAAAAGAUGCACAAAAGAAAAACAUUCAAUUCUUUUCAAAAUUGAUAAACAAGAAUAUUGGAGAUGGUGAUCUAGCACUACUUGGAAGAGCCGAAGCUCAUAUUCUACUUGGAAACUAUUCAAAUGCUGUAGAGGAUUUAAAAACAGCCGCCACUCUUCUUUUCCAUUCAGGUCGACUCAAUCCAGAUGUACACAAACGUUAUUUAGUCCUCACUACAAUGAUUGAAGCAAAUAAUAAUAAUAAAUCAACAACUACUACAACGACUGCGUCAGAGUUGUUGGAAAUAUAG